AUGCCGGCGCAGCGCAGGCUGCUCAGCAAGGCUCUCGCCCUGAUCUUGGCUGCGUUCGCCUGUCGCCUGCACUCCCGUGGCGGUGCGGGCCACGCCUUCGCCCCUUCGGCGGCCACGCUGGCGGCAACCGCGCGGGCUGCAGCGGACCGCGCUGGCGCGGAGCGCGACGCAGACACGAGGAUGCUGGAGGAAGCGCUCCGCGGUGCGGAGGCGGCAUCCGCGCGGGCUGCAGCGGGCCGCACUGCAGCGGAUCGCACUGACACGGGCGCCAGGACCCUCGAGGAUGUGCUCCUCAGCGCGGCGGCCGCAGCUGCAGGUGCCUCCCGUGGCGGUGCGGGCUCUCCCUUCGCCACCUCCGCGGCCACACUGGCGGCACCCGCACGGGCUGUCGAUGACCGCACUGACGCGGAGCGCGACGCGGACACCAGGGAGCUCGAGGAUGCGCUCCGUGGCGCGGAGGCGGCCGCCGGAGGUCGGAGGAACUCCGAGCUCGAGCCGCGGCUUCAGUCAGGAGGCAAAUUCGCGGAGGCGGUCCCGGAGACUGCGCUGAACCCGCCAUGGGCAACUUGCUAUGUGGAGGCUCAGCUGACUACAAAGUCUGUCAUAGAGGAGUGGAUCAUCCGUGGCGAGAGUGAGGUGAUCGAUUCGUUCAGUGCUUGGCGCCGCUCAUCUCAGGGGGCCGGGAGCAUCAAGUGCGUGGACAUUUCCACGGAGGACGCCCUGCAGGCCGAGUGCCUGGAGUGCGCGUUGACGUUCGCGGCAGGAUCUUCGGAUUGCAUGGAGUCUGCAGCUCGCGGGCACGGCUUCUGCAAGAGCGGCGAGCUCCUGGUGGGCUGA